GCGUUGAACUCUCUUCAGGCGAAUCCUGAUCUUAUUCAACGAGUUAAAGAAUUCAGUAUAGGAAAACCUGAACUUACGAAGUUUGACCCCUACUUAAAGAUGCUACUGGAGACCAGCAUGCAUAACAUGAAACCGGCACAGGGUUUCUCCGGUAGCUGUGCUGGACUAAGCUUCCCUUUAAACCAUCAUUAUCUGAAUAGAACAGCACAGUGUAUUCCUAAAUGUGGAACAGAUGUCCUCUUUGCCAAGGAGGAUAAGAAGUUUGCUGAGAUCUGGUUAGCUGUCUGGUCAAUCCUGUGCUUCCUCACCACCCUCUUCACCUUGGGCACCUACAUACUAGAUACAACCAGAUUUAAGUACCCUGAAAAAUGUAUUGUGUUUCUAAAUCUCUCCUAUAACAUUCUAAGUACUGGAUAUCUUCUCCGUUUGAUGGUGGGCGUUUCUGGAGUAUCCUGCACCAGUAUACAGGGGGAACCUAGUCUGGUGGUUAGACAGGGAUUGAGUCCGACCCCAGCCUGUACAAUUAUCUUUAUCCUGGUGUACUUCUCGAGUCUAGCUGCAGCUGUCUGGUGGACCAUAACAACAGCUACUUGGACAAUUGUCGUCUUCUCAUCACUAGAUGUCAAGUUGCUUGAGGUGAAAUCUCCAUUGUUUCAUUUAAUUGGUUGGGGGAUUCCAGCAGCACUUACUAUUUCUUCAUUAGUUCUACAUCAGACGAGGGCAGUCUGCACAACAAUAUCAACAACAACUUCAACAACACACAGAGCUUCAACAGCAACAGGUUCACCUGCUCCAACAGCACACAGAGCUUCCAAGUGGAUUCAGAAAUGA